AUGGAUAUUCCAAAACGGUACCUGUCACUCUUCUUAUUGACUAUGUUCAUAACUACAAAUGCUGACGCCAAACAUAGCGUUCCAGUUCCAAACGGUCCAUCAACAACAGGAUCUGUAUUUCAUCCUUUCGGAAAAAUAACUGUAGAGAUCAUCAACGAUCUUGGUGACACACUAGCGUUGAAGUAUCACUGUAAAUCAAAAGAAGAUGACUUUGGUAAACGGAGUUUGCAACCGGGUAAAUCGUGGUCGUUCAAAUUUCAUCGUCAGUUCUUCGGAAGGACAUUGUUUUACUGUAGUUUUGUAUUGCCAAAUGGAAGGUAUACGUUCAACAUAUAUGAAGACCACCGAGAGAGCGCCGGCGAUAACUGGUGCCAAAAGUGUGUGUGGAAGAUAAGACAAACCGGACCUUGUAGGCUUAACGAUGUAACAAAGCAGUUUGCUAUUUGUUAUUCUUGGAACAAGUCCUUGUAUUGACCAAGUUUUGAUUAUGUAAUAUAUAACUUAUAUUAUUCCAUCUUAUAAUAGGUGUAUCAUCUUUCAUCAAAGAUACUAAUAAUAACAGUUGAUAGUGAUUAUACAGAUACAUGUAUAUACAAGGACAGGUAUAGGCCAGUAGUGUCCUAAUAGUCCUACUGAGGUGUUGUAUUAACAGCAGCAACGGUAGAUACCAUUGUGUCCACACCACAGAUGUUAGGAGUUCCCCUGCAGAUUUUGUAGUAA